GUUCGGCCGAUUGCAUUCGAGAAUACGUUCGCGCGCGGCAUCUGGCCACACUGCCUGCAACGCUAGCUCGCCUCCGCAACGCGAAUCCGCUCAUUUCAAAUUUUCAAACUCCCGAGAGCGGUUGCGGCGGUGUCGAGACAGCGGCUCCUGAAUCCAUCCGAAUCCGAAAGCGAAUCGCAUCCAGCCAAGAUAUCCUAUCGUGCAGCUGAAACCCGAAACCCGAAUCCGAGUUCGAAACGAAACGAAUCGCAGUGGUGGUUUCUCUCUCGCUCUCUAGCUCUCCCUCUCUCUCGCGUGUGUGUAUGUGUGCGAGUGGCAGGAAAAGUGCGAAGCCGAAAUCUUUUUAGCUGAAAGAAAGCGCAACUUCAAUUAGCGAAAAGCAAGAGUAGCUAACAAAAAGAAAAGCGGAUCGAAAAGUAAAGAAAAACAAAAAAACCAAAAGCAACCAACAGCAACAAAUCGAAAUGGCAAGCGAAGUGGCCCAAAUACCCGCCGAGGAAACGCCCGCAGUGGCGGCGGCGGAAAAAUCAGAGGAGCCGGAAAAGUCAGCGGCCCCGCCAGCGGACUCAGCGGCCGCUCCAGCUGCCGCUCCCGCAGUGGAGAAGGCUGAGGAUGCCGAUGGCGAGAAGAAGGACGGCGAGGCCGGAAAGCAGGACAAGCAGCAGGAUGGCGAGGAGCCCAAAAAGGACGAGGCGGUGGCAGCACCCGUGGCGGCCAAAUCGGAAGCCCCGCCCGCCCAGAAAUUCAAUGUGCACAAGACGAACUUCGAGAAGGACAUCAUCUAUCUGUACCAGUUCUCGCGCACCCCGCUGCUGCCCUCCCUGUCGCCCUACUGCUUGAAGGUGGAGACCUGGCUGCGUCUUGUGGGCCUGAAAUACGAGAAUGUUGAUCAUAAGAUGCGUUUCCGCUCCAAGAAGGGUCAGCUGCCGUUCAUCGAGCUGAACGGAGAGGAAAUCGCCGAUUCGGCCAUUAUCAUCAAGGAACUGUCGUCCAAAUACGAGAAGUACCUGGACUCGGGACUCACCGCCGAGCAGAGGAAUGUCUCUUACGCCACGAUUGCCAUGCUGGAGAACCAUCUCAUCUGGAUCAUCUUCUACUGGCGCGCCAAGUAUCCGGACAAUGUGCUCAAGGGCUACAAGGUCAACUUGCAGCACGCCCUCGGCCUGCGGCUGCCCAACUCGAUUCUGAACUUCUUCUUUAAGAUCACCUUUGGUCGCAAGUGGUUCCAGGGCACGAAGAAGCUGAAGGCGCACGGCAUCGGUGUCCACAGCGCCGAGGAGAUCGAGGAGUUCGGCAAGGACGACCUGAAGGUGCUCAGCGAGAUGCUCGACUGCAAGCCGUUCUUCUUCGGCGACGAGCCCACCACCCUGGAUGUGGUGGCCUUCGCUGUCCUCUCGCAGCUCCACUAUCUGUCCAAGGACAUUGCGUAUCCGCUGCGCGACUACAUGACCGAGAAGUGCCCCAACUUGAUUGGCCACGUUUCUCGCAUGAAGGACAAGUGCUUCCCCGACUGGGACGAGAUCUGCACGAAGCUGGACCUCAAUGCGCACAUUCCCAAGCCAGAGCCCGAGACCAAGGAAGGCAAGGAGGGUGGCGAGCAGGAGAAAUCAAACGAACAGGAGGGCACUGAGGGCGACAAGAUCGAGAAGGAAUUGGAGAAGGACAAGUCAAACGAGAAGGAGUCGACCGAGGAGAACAAAGAGAAGGAGGAAACAAAGUAAAUUCGCCGUUAGUUAUAUGCGUACAUAUAUCUAGUAUAUGUGUAUGAUCGAAGGAAACAAAAACACCCACAUACACACACAUUAUAUAUAUAUACAUAUGUAGUACGAUACUAUAUAGUAAGGCCCUAUAUAGCUAGGCGCUACGCUCUCAUAUAUAAGCAUUCAGACAUCAGAAAACCACUCGAAAAACAAAAAAAAAAACAUCAAGAACACCCAUUUACAAACCUAGGACAACUGUAAAGCAAAAGCAGGCAAAAACCAUCAGCAAGAGAACGAUCCACUAAGUAAUGAGAAAAAAACAAAAAGCAUAUACAAUAACGUAACGUAAAACUUUGGACAUCUUUUUUUAUAUAUUUACAUGACGACGUUUGUAUUACAAGAACAAGAAACAAAAAGCAAAAAAAAAAGUGAAGAAAACGUAAAAAAAAACCGUAAAAACCAUUUAGUAUAAAAUUAUAAAAGUUUAUACGUAUAAAUAUUAAGACGAUGAAUGAAAGCGAUGAGAGCGGGGGGAGAAAUUAUAAAAAAUUAGUUAAAGAACUCGAAUAAAACAAAGAACAAGUGAGCAAAACGUGAGUAAAAAGAGUGAAGCCAGAUAGGAAGAAAAGUUAGGGAGGUGUAGAACAGCAUUCAAUACGCAUUAAUCAUUAGUUUUCAUUCAAAAGCGAUCUAUAUAAUACACUCAUCGACACUCACACUCACUCUCACACACACUCAACAAAACACAACACAACACACUCUACACACUUAUAGCAUAUGCAGCAACAAUUGCAACUCGAUGGUAUUGUUUACUCUUCCAAAAUUGAUUAAGCUUAAAGUAACGAAAGUAACGAAAGGAACCGCUACCAGUACGAUAGGAAGAUAUGAUAUGGCGCAUAGUGAUGGUUAGUAGGGAUGGCAUGCAAUGGGGAUGAGAAUGCAAAUGCGAAUGCGAAUGGUAUAGGAAUGAUAUAACGGAAUGACGGCAAUUAAGUUUAUUUUUUAUAUAUAUAUGAUUGCAAAUAGUAAUUUUGAUUCUCGUGUGCAAAUAAUUAAACAAAAUGGAUAAAAUUUAUUACUUAUAAUUAUAUACAUAAACAUUAUAUACGCCCAUUAUGCAUAAAGAUGUGUAUAAAAAAAAAACAAAGAAAAACAAAACAAAA